GGGCAACCCAGUAAAGUCUCUAGCGCUGUUUCAAGUCUUUCUGGCAUCCGAACAGCUCGCAGCUACCAGCACUUCCUCGUAUUUACCUGCAUUCGGAUCCAUGGCUCGUGGGAAGGUGGGCUUGACGGCCGGCCGCACAGGACACAAGGGAAGUAGUUUCGAUCCCUCCCCUUGCUUCGUUCACCUUGCGCCCACCUCAUCAUUACCAAGAAAUUGCCGGUACUGGCUUAGAAGCACCAUUUAUCACCGGUUUCAUGAUCAGCUUCCUGCGGCAUCCAUAUCAGCCGAUAAUUUGCUGUUGUGCCCAUAUAUCGAGCUUCACGCUCGCCCAUCUCCGAAUUUUUUGAUAGCAGGCGCUGGGGAAGACAGCCCGCCUCUAUUUGCACACGCCUGACUUAAAGUGUCUGUUAGAGACAAAUGAGAUCAUGCCUCCUUCGCAGGGAAACUCCUCUUCGCAGUACCGUGGGUAUGUGUACCUGUUAACUCUCAUCGCCGCGUUUUCUGCCGCGGUGGCCGGUCCUUGGGUGUACUCCGAUAACUCGGAACCCGAGGAAGGCACCAUCCGAGUGACAGUCCUCGGCUCUGGCACGCCCGAUGUCCGUCGCCACCAGGUCGCAUCCAGCUUCCUCAUCGAGGUGGGCAACGGGGAGAAAUUCAUCUUUGACAUGGGCACCGGCUCCUACAUCAACCUCAUUGCCACCGGCGUCCCUGCUGCCAAGCUGAAUAAGGUGUUCCUGUCUCACCUGCACUCUGACCACCAUGCUGAUCUGGCCAGCCUCUACGUGGGAGCCAUGUUUGGCCGCACCAAGCCCUGGGAGGUGUGGGGCCCCUCUUCUGAGAAGCCUGAGCUUGGCUUGGCUGCCAGCAUCGAAGGCCUGCGCCAGUUCUUGGCAUGGGACACAUUCGCGCGUCGUCGCGUUGACAUGAUUGGCCGGGAGGAUCACGGCGAUGAGGUCAUCACGCACGAGUUCGACUACAGCGUCGAGAAGCAGGUGAUCUACUCGCGCAACGGUGUCAACGUCACGUCGACCCCUGUGCAGCACUACACAACUGCCGGCCCCGUGGCUCUGCGCCUCGACUAUGCCGGCCUCUCUGUCACCUACUCUGGUGACACUCACCCGACCAAGACACUCAACGAGCUGGCGAAGGGCACAGAUGUGCUCAUCCAGCAGAUCAUGGGCCCUCUGCCAGCCUUCGACACUCUGUCCUACGAGAGCCAGUACCUGCUCAACACGAGCCACUUCACCCCCAAGCAGGCUGGAGAGAUCUUCGACGAUGUGAAGCCGCGCCUGGCCGUCAUUCACCACGCCACAGUCAACGAAGCCUCGCGCGCGCCCCUUCUGGCGGCUGUGCGCGAUGAAUACCCCCGCGGCGCCCUCGUCAUCAACGAAGACCUGGCAGUCUACGAGAUCUCCAAGGACGGAGUCCGCCACCGCAAGCGCAUUGUGCCGGAGCGCUCCUGGGGCCUCUGGCACGCGGAGCAGAACUGGAACAGCCUUGACGAUGACGUCAGCGCCAAUGACAUCAGCGCCCCUCGCGCUGAUGUGGCGGCCCCCCGCGGCGGCCGCCUCAUUGCAAAGUCUGGCAAUGCUGUCGCAUGA